GUUCUCAUUUGUACCCACACCUCUCCAUCAACAAUGGCUACCACCUCAAAAAGAUUACUAGUUAGCGACCUCGUAUCCACCGAUAAAAUCGACCAAGUCCCUUCAAACUACAUCCGACCCAUCACCCAACGUCCCAAUUUCCAAAAUGUUGUUCGCGACUCCAUCCCUCUCAUUGACCUCAAAGAUCUCAACGGCCCCAAUCACGCUAACGUGAUCAAACAAAUCGGUCAAGCUUGCGCUGAUCACGGCUUCUUCCAGGUUAAAAACCAUGGCGUACCCGAAUCCAUCAUAGCCAACAUGAUGCAAACCGCUCGAGACUUCUUCAACCUACCCGAACAAGAACGACUCAAAAACUAUUCAGAUGACCCCACAAAGACCACUAGACUCUCCACCAGCUUCAACAUACGAACCGAAAAGGUCGCAAACUGGAGAGAUUACUUACGACUCCAUUGCUACCCGAUCGAUAACUUCAUCGACGAAUGGCCAACCAAUCCGGCCUCGUUUCGGGCCCAUGUAGCGGAGUAUUGCCAGAGUACAAGAAACUUAGCACUCCAACUUAUUGCAGCCAUUUCAGAAAGCUUAGGACUUCAUAAAGACUACAUGAACACACAGUUAGGGAAGCAUGCUCAGCAUAUGGUCUUGAACUACUACCCACCAUGCCCACAACCCGAUUUAACAUACGGGUUACCCGGACACACUGAUCCUAAUUUCAUCACCAUCCUUCUUCAAGAUGAGGUUCCUGGUCUUCAGGUCUUGAAAGAUGGUAAAUGGGUAGCGGUUGAUCCGGUUCCAAACACUUUCAUCAUCAACAUUGGUGAUCAAGUUCAGGUGAUGAGUAAUGAUAAGUACAAGAGUAUUUUGCAUCGAGCUGUGGUGAAUUGUGAUAAAGAACGGAUAUCUAUACCGACUUUCUACUGUCCGUCGCCUGAGGCGGUUAUCGGGCCUGCUCCCGAGGUUGUAACUGAUGAUGAGCCUGCUGUGUAUCGACAGUUUACUUAUGGGGAGUACUAUGAGAAGUUUUGGGACAAUGGGCUUGAGAAGUGUUUGGAUAUGUUCAAGACUAGUUGAUUACUGAAGAUCAUCGGUCUGCCCAACUUUGAAUAAAUCCUACCUUUGGAUACAUUUGUUUAUUUCUAUAAGUUUAUGAUUUGCAGUCUCUAUAUAAUCUAGUUGGGUAGGUUUAGUUAUGUUACUUAUCUUACUUUAUUAUCUAUUAUAUAAAUAAAGUUGCUUAGUGUUUUUAUAUAUUGUGUUAGUUGAAGCUUUGUUGAGUUCAAUAUAUUUCUGG